AUGCGGUACGGAUAUCUCAAAGAAGAUUACAAAACUGCGGUAUCCGAGAGCCUGCACAAGGACAACGACUUUCAGGAAGCUAUCAUGGAAUAUCAGAGCUUCAACGGACUGAAAAGCACUGGUGUGCUAGACGCAGCAACAACCGAAAUGAUGUGGCGUCCUCGUUGCGGAGUAAAGGAUAAGCACAAUAACACCCAAGACACGAUUGUUCACAGCUACGCUCUGCUAGGCAGCCGUUGGAAUACAAAGCGCUUGACGUACAGGGUAUCGAAGUACUCACAGUGGUUGGAGCCAAAGGUCGUUGACAGAGAAAUUGCGAAGGCAUUCAGUAUGUGGAGUAGGCAUGCCGAUCUAAGCUUCAAACCGAAGAAAGCCGGACCCGCACACAUUGAUAUCCGCUUUGAAAAAGACGAACAUGGUAGCCAUGAACCGUUCGAUGGCCCAGGAAAUGAGUUAGCCCACGCUUUUAUGCCAGAGAACGGGGGUGACAUUCAUUUUGACGACACGGAACACUGGACCGUCAAUUCAAAGAAUGGAACUAAUCUGCUCCAGGUGGCUACUCACGAGAUUGGUCAUUCACUAGGACUCUCGCACUCAUACGACCAAUCUGCGGUAAUGUUUAGAUCCUAUUUCGGAUAUGAUCCAAACUUCCAGCUAAGUCGUGACGAUAUUUUUCGUAUACAAAGAUUGUACGGCCCGAAAACUAGGAACGAGAGCUCGCAUGAUGGCGACCAUAACAUAGAUAAUACAAACACGAGCCCCCCUUCAGUAGCGAAGGAUUCGGAGCUGUGCACAUCUAAGAACAUUGAUGCUAUCUUCCAAAUGGAUGAAAAUAGCACCGUCGUCUUCCUGAGGAACAAGUACUACAAGCUCCUUCAGAACGAGGUAGCCCCAGGAUACCCGAAGGACAUUUCCGAUGGCUGGCCGGGACUACCAGGAAACAUCGAUGCUGCAUUCAAGUAUGAAAAUGGCAAGACAUAUUUCUUCCAAGGCAACAAGUACUGGCGGUAUCGUGGUCGUCAGAUCGAUGGUGACUACCCGCGGGAGAUAAGCGACGGCUUUCCAGGGAUACCGAGCAAUCUCAAUGCAACCAUGCUGUGGCGGAACUCAAACAGCACUGUUUACUUCUUCAAGGGCAGCAAAUUUUGGUUAUAUGAUCCGAACACAACUCCUCCGGUCAAGCCAUCUUACCCCAAGCCUAUUUCAAACAUAGAAGGCUUACCUGAUCAAAUCGAUGCAGCGCUACAUCAUCCAAACGGUAAUAUGUACUUCUUCAAAGGUGACAAAUACUAUCGCGUCAAUGAAAAAUCUUCCACGGUCGAUCAUUCCGAGCCACCAUACCCGCGACGAACUGCAUCUUGGUGGUUUGGCUGCAAAAAUUAGGAAGAGAACUUCAACUCACCAAGCUAUGAACACUUUAAAUAUCUGAUAAUAUUAUCUGGUUUGCUGACGGCAUUUUGCUUCUCAUUGGAUGCCGUUUUGUUAGAUUGAAAUUUGUUUUCCAACUAUUAUAUCGCAAUCGAUAUCAUAUCGAUCGAAUCAAAACAGCCAAUAAAAUAAUGGAAAAAAUCUU